AUGCGUGUCGCUGUGAUCGGUGGCGGCCCCUCGGGUCUCGUUCAGCUCAAGACGCUGCUCGAGGCGCACCAGUACCUCGAGGGCAUCGAACCCUUCGAGGUCAGGCUGUUCGAAUCCUAUGACAGGAUCGGCGGCGUGUUUGUCCACCAUACGUACGAGGACGCCGAGCUGGUAUCGUCCAAGUGGAUCACCACCUUCUCCGACUUUGGCGGCGGCCGUCCCGGCGACGGCGACUUCUUCUCGGCCGAGCGCUACGUCGAGUACCUCAACGACUACGCCACCCACUUCCGCUUGUGGCCGUACAUGCACCUGUCGACGGCCGUGACCGGCAUCAGGCGCGGCGACGUCGGCGGGCACGUCGUCAGCUACCGGGGACCCGACGGGCUCGACAUGGAGUGGGAGUGCGACGCCGUCGCCGUCUGCUCCGGCGUCCACUCCAAGGCCAACUACCCGGACAUACCCGGGCUGGAGCACGUGCCCGUCACCAUCCACUCAGAGGACAUCAAGAAGCGCGAGCAGCUGGGCAAGGACACGACCGUCCUCGUCCUCGGCAGCGGCGAGACCGGAGCCGACAUGUGCUACCUCGCCAUCACCGCCCCGACGAGGCGAGUCAUCCUCUCCCAUAAGGACGGCUUCCUCGGCGGCACCAAGCGAGCCGUUCCCCAGCGCUGGCUCCCCUGGCUCUUUGGCGACCAUCCCUUCGAGGAGCCCCAGCUGCCCAUCGACGUCAGCCAGUCCACCCUCUUCGACACGAUGUACGUCCACCCCAUGGUGCGCGACUCGCUCAUGGUCUGGGAUGCCUACCACGUCCUCGCCCUGCCCUUUGCCUGCUGGCUCUGUAGCUCAACAUCACGAGGUGUCGACCAGCAUAUCGGCCAAGUCUUUGGCGAGAGGUUCCAUACAUCGAGACUCUUCUUCAACAAGGCCUGGAUGCGCAUCAGCAACGAGGUGUCGACGCCCUGGCGCCCAAACCCGACCCCUCUAGGCACCCGCAUCCGCAAGUUCUUCCUCAACACGGCCGUGCCACCUCCCAAGCGCACCAUCGAACUGGCCCCGUUCCCGUCUCACAUCACGCCCGACGGCGUCGCUCACUUCCCACGCAACGGCCGGCCGGAGGCAGACCUCAUCAACGAGACCGAGGUGAAGCCCGACGUCAUCGUCUUCGCGACCGGCUACGUCCCGCAGUUCCCGUUCCUCAACACGCCGCACAACGCCGGACGACGUGCCUACCCGACCUCGAGCGAGACCGACGUCCGCGACGUGUGGCGCGCCGACGACCCGACCAUCGGCUUCAUCGGCUUCAUCCGCCCCGGAUUCGGCGCCAUCCCGCCCCUGGCAGAGAUGCAGUCCAUGCUCUUCGCCACCCAGCUGGCCGGCCGCCUCACCAAGAGGCUCGACCCGGAAGACGAGUGGCACUACCGCAUGAUCCAGCCGCCGAGCGCGCGCCUGUCGUACGGCGUCGAGCACGACAGCUACAUGUACCAGGUCGCCAAGGACCUCGACAUGGCCCCGAGCUUCACCGACGUCGCCCGCCUCUCCCUCGUCACCCCGCGCGGCCACCGGCUCCCCUGGAUGUGGGCCUCGGGCGCAAACUUCACCCUCAAGUUCCGCAUGGUCGGCCCCUGGAGGUGGCCCGCCGCCGCCGAGACCCUCACCGGCGACAUGUGGCAGACCAUCUCGAGGAGGGGCAACAUCUUUGGCAACUACAACAUGGCCAUCGCCCCCAUAAUCUACCUCGGCCUCGUCAACCUCUUCUACUGGACCUACGCCACCAUCUGGGGCGCCCUCGCUACCGUCCAUCUCGCUCCCCCUGUCAAGGUCGACAAUGCCAUCAAGAGGAGGUUUCAGGAGCUGGCCGAUCAUGAGGAGGCCAUGAUGAAGAAGAAGAAGAUGAUGGGUCUGACCAAUGGUCUUGGCCGUUAG